CUAAAACGACACUUAUUAAAAUACGGAGGGGAGUACAUGUGAAGUAGAAUCAAAGCAAAACCAAGAGUCCAAGAAACAACAACAAAAAAAAAAAACAAUCAGAAAGAAGAUUGAAACAAGAUCUCAAGAUCGAUGGGUUUGGUUGUGGUCAUAUCUCUGCCUCUAAUUUUCUUUUGUCUACUUCUUGGAUUCGGUUGCUACUUCCUCGGCAAAUCUCGUGGCCGCCAUGAAAUCCGUACAAAUCCUCAGGUGUAUGGAGCUCCUGCUCCCCCUCCCGGCGCAAUCGCCGCCUCUUCUCCACCGUUGUCUCCUCAGACCAAGCCCGACAAUUCUCACAGCGUCUGAUUUUCCUUAUUUUUUCUCUUUGUCUAUCUUGUUUGUCUCUAUUGGAAGAUGCUUUUGUUUGACUUAUUGUGAAAUGUUGUACUUGUAACUUGUAAUCUUUUGAUUGUCUCUAGUUUUCUUGGGAUAAAUUCCCUUCUUCAUUUGUGUAUUUUCUUUUCUCUUUAAUGUAAAUAAGAAAGCUAGUAAUGGUUUACACAUGA